ACCUGAGCCCUUCACCCUUAGUCGCAUGCCUAUUCUCUCUCAUCUCAUGUGCCUUAUAUGGCAUGUUUUGAAAACCAUAGCUCUCUUAUGCCUUGUAUUAAAUAUAUGGAGCUUUCUUUUCCUCCAAGUCUCCCUCUCUCUUCUCUUGUGCGACGCCACCCCCUCCCCACUCUCCUCUUUGCUCCCUUCUCACAAAACCAUCAGAGAAACACCAAAAUCCCAUGGCCAUCAUCAAUCCAUCUCUCUCGGUGACUCACGGCCCCUCCGGCGGCCACUACAACUGCUUGAACACGCGCCUACCAUCAACGGGGGCCUCUCCCCGUGCACGGACCACACCCUGGGCCUCUGUUCGAUUCUCCCACGAGCCGCUUCAGCACUCCAGAGUCCCCUUCGCUGCCCUCUGCCACAAUGGCCUGAGAUCGCACGCCAAACGCCCCGUGCACGAUCGAGCCGCGCGAAGCCGCUGCGAUCGCCCCCUUUCCCUUAUCUAGAAUCAGACGCAAGGACUUAUCACGAUGCACUCCAAGAUAAAGAUGCAGAUUCAUGGACUGUUGCAAUGAAAGCUGAUAUGGGGUCAACGGACUCCAAUCUGGUCCGGGAUCUUGUAGAACAGCUCGAUGGGGUACGACCCAUUGGAUGCAAGU